AUGAAUCCCUCAAUUCCCGUAGUUGUAACCGAUGACUCGAAUAAAUCACAAUACAGUAAAUAUGGAUAUUGGUGUUGUAAUUCGCUGGUGCCCAUAACAACAUUGCCAGCCAUAUUCAUAUUUAUAUCAGCUGGCAUGCAUUUGGCCCUGGGCUUAGGUUUCAUACCCAUCUACAAUACCUAUGGCAAUCUUCGACAUUUCGAAUUUUCUUGGUUUAUUGGAGUUAUAAUAGGAGCUGUGGCAUGUUUGCCACUUCUGUGGUAUGCCCCCAAAAAAUGUGUAAUGCUAACCUCUUCAGUAUUAAUUCUAAUCGAUGGCAUUAUCUUGACCAGUGCCCCAACUAAUGCUGGCCCUUUGCUGGCUGGUCGCUAUCUCAACGGCAUUGCUGUGGGUCUGGCCACUAUAACAUUUCUGAUGCAUGUCAGUGAAAUCGCCUCCAAUAGCUAUCGAGGUUCCUGUUCGGCCAUCGAACAAUUCUCCCUAACUCUGGGUAUUGCCAUACAAAUGAUCUAUGGCUCUCAAUGGAGUCCUUUUGCCACAUUUCCUGAUUUACGUGUCCUUGGCAUCUUGGAUAUAUUGUUUGCCCUAGCCGCUGGGCUGUUGGCACAAUUUUGUUUCAUUGAAUCACCAAUUGUGGGUCUGCUGAAAAAGGACGAGGCUUUGGCAUGGAAUGCCUUGGCCCAUUUGGAAUUACCCAAGACCGUUAGUACAACGACCAAAGAACGUUUCAUGGAACUCAAGGAGUACGUAAACUAUGAGGACAGCCUCGAUCUUAUGGAUGAUAUUAAGAGGGGAGCCCUGCCCUUGGCAAAGAUGAUAUUAUUUCGCAGUAUGAUAUUGGCAUUUAGUUUCUCCUUACCGCUGAGUGAGGCUUUGAAUCUCGGUGCCGUUACAAAUCACCUGACAUGGCCGGCAAUUGUGGCCGCCUGUUUGCGUAUUUUUGGUGGUUGCCUGGCCUACCCGCAAAUCGAUUAUAUUGGUCGGAAACUGCCAUCUCUGGUGUGUGCUGUGAUCAUUGGAGGUCUAUUAAUCGGUAUAGGGGGUAUCUGUCAGAACUAUAUAAAUUUAUUCCUGGAAAGACCAAUGGCCAUUGUGACAUCUCUGUGUUUAUUGGUACAAUUUUUUGCCGGUGCCUAUGCUCCUUUUACAUCGGCCUAUUUGGGUGAAGCAUUCCCUCUCAAAUUAAAAGGGUACUUCAUUGCGGUUUGUGUGGUGGUGGAACAGCUGAUUCACAUAAUUGUCAUUUGUACAUUUAAACGGGUCAAUGGUGCGGCUUAUAUUGCUCCUGGAGUUUUGACCAUAUUGGCGGCGGUUGCCCUGCUAGUGACCAUACCGGAAACACGAAAAACUUCCCUGAAGGAGGCCCAGGGACGUUUUAGACAUCUGCUGCAUUUGAGAAUGUAUUGA